UAGAGAUGGAAUAGGGGUUUUUUUUGGUAAACGACUAGAGUGGCCCCAAGAACUCCGAUUCCCUGAAGGUGAAAGGUCAGGAGCUCUCUGGCGGAAGGGCUGAACGUCACUUCCUGGCUUUUUCUUUUAGACCUGUGGCGGGCACACGCGGUGCCCGGGGUGGGUAAUUUUUUUGUUGUCGUGGCCACUUCUCGCUCGGUCGGGCUGUCAUGAGCUUGCCUCUCAAUCCGAAGCCUUUCCUCAACGGGCUGACUGGGAAGCCCGUGAUGGUGAAGCUGAAGUGGGGAAUGGAAUACAAGGGCUACCUCGUCUCCGUCGACGGCUAUAUGAACAUGCAGCUUGCAAAUACAGAAGAAUAUAUUGAUGGCGCAUUAUCUGGACACCUUGGUGAAGUUCUGAUAAGGUGUAAUAAUGUCCUUUACAUAAGGGGUGUGGAAGAGGAGGAAGAAGAUGGAGAAAUGAGAGAAUAAAGUUUUUUUAAAAAAAUAAACUUACUAAGUUUGCAGUUUUUUAAAAAAUAAAAUAUAUGUCAUGUUUGGGUCUUAUAAUACAUGUGUAAAUGAGCCUGCAUAGUGUAUCUGGUGGUUAGGAAAAGUUAAAUAUUUUUGUUAAAGGAAAAAAAGUUCAAUAUGAAAUAAAGAUUCUUUUUGAAUGUUCUUAAAAUA